AUGUCUCUCUUUCUCAUUACUUCUUUUUUUCUUUCUUUUUUUCUUUCUUUCUUUCUUUCUUUCUUUCUUUCUUUCUUUCUACCUCUUUUUAUGUGUCCCUUUUUUUAUAUAUCUCACUGUCAGCCUCUUUCUCUACUUCUUCAAUUAUGUCUUCCUUACUUGAAUUCUAUUGAUAUUCUUUGUAUAUUUUUGUCCGUUUUUCUGGUCCAAUACACAUCUCCCUCCCCAUCUCUCUCUCCUCUUUCUCUUUACUUUUUUCUCUUUCCUUUGCUUUCUUCCACAUUGUCUCUCCCCCACUCUCUCUCUCUCUCCUCCUCCCUCUCUAACCCUUUGAUACUCUAUUUUCUUGUACUUCUCUUUCGCUCUCUCCCCUUCUUGUUUUCCUUCCACUUUCUUCAUUUCUUCAUCCCUUCCUUCAUUUUUCCUUUUUUUUCUUUCAUCAUGUCAUUCUCUCCCUCUCCCCCCUCUCUCUUCCCCUACCCCUCUCCGCUUUUGUCUCUCACCCUCUCUUUCUUUCUCCUACUCCCACUGUUUCUCUGUUUAUGCCUAUCUGUAUUUUUGCUCUUUGAGUCAAUCUUUGUCUCCCUCUAUGUCUCUUUCUAUAUCCCUGACUUUUCCACUCCGCCUCUGUCUCGCUAUCUCGCUCUACUUUUAAUACUUGUUUCUUUGUCCUUUCUUUUUUUCUUAUUUUUUAUCAUUCAUUUUUAUCGAAUAUACUCCUUCCUUCUUCACUGCUUUAUUUUUAUUCUUUCUUUCCUUUUUUUUUAUUAA